AUGGCUUCGAUUAAGUUUGUCACCCUAAUUACCAUGGUUGUGAUUCUUCUUCCUACAAUUUCCAUGGCAACGGAGUUCGUCGUUGGAGAUGCUAGCGGCUGGACAACUGGUAUUGACUACCAAGCUUGGGCCAAAGACAAAGUAUUUUAUGUUGGUGAUACACUAGUGUUCAACUACCAGUCCCCCCCACACAAUGUGUUCAAGGUGAAUGGAACUGGGUUCAAGGAAUGUGUUAAGCCAACAACAAAUGAUCAACCACCACUUACCUCUGGAAACGACAAAAUAGAGCUAAAGACUGCUGGAAAAAAAUGGUACAUUUGUUCUACUAAGAACCACUGUGCUGAUUUGGGCCAGAAACUUACCAUCAAUGUUAUGGAGGGUUCGCCUGCCCCAGCUCCAUCCUCUGCUGUUCGUGGUUUCAUCUUUUCUGGAUACCAAGUCUUCAUGGCCGCCAUUGUUGGAGUUUUCAUAGCUGUUGCUGCCUGAUCUUCAUCUUCAACUCGUCCCCAAAUGCAUAUGAAUAAAAAUACACCAAAUUA